AUGACGGGAAAAAUAUCUCCUCUUUUUUUGCCCAUAUGCAUUGGGGCCAAGAGGCACUUGGAGCUUCCUAACCGCUUCCUCAUGUUGCCUAUGUACCUAAAUAUGGAGCAGGAGCUCGAUUUAUGGAGUGAUGCGCAUAUGGACGCCAUGGGGAGUUUUUAUGCGGAACGCGCGAGACACGGGGCAAAACUUAUUGUAUGCGGUGGCCUCGGUGUUUCCCGUAUUGGUAAGUGGCGUAUAGACAGCAUGGCACUCGGGACGUACGAUGCGGCGAAGGCUUUUUCGCGUGUGACACACGCAGUGCACCGCGAGGGAGGUGCCAUCCUCGCGCAGGCGUUUCAUCCUGGACGUGCUGCGCGACGCCGAUGGUUUAUCUCCGCCACGUCAACCCCAUCUUCCGUGCAGCCAUUUCGAGAUGCACACCCAUGGCGUAUACCAGGGCUUUUGGUUGAGUAUAUCGUUUCGGAGCACGCGCGGUUUGCGCGACUGGCCGAGGCUGCAGGGUUUGAUGGCAUUGAAAUCCCCGUAAGUGAGGGUGGGCUGUUGCACAAUUUUCUCUCAACGGCCGUGAACGACCGUAGUGACUACUAUGGCCGUUCACUUGAAGGUCGGUUGGAGGCGACAUUGCGGGUGUUAGAUGCCGUUCGGCGGUCUUUGGUGGAACCAGAAAAGUUUUUGUUGUCCGUUCGCCUUUGCUUGCAUGAUCUGAAGGUAGGAGGGACACCAAUGACGGAGACGCUGGUUGCUGCUGAGGCUAUUGCGCGGUUUGGUGGUGUGGAUAUUCUGAGUACAAGCGUAGGCAUGCAUGACUCGCCCGUCCAGACAAUGGCGUCGUAUGUGCCACAGGCUGUCUUUGCACGAUGUGUGCAGAAGGUACGGGAGCGUUUACAGUCCCAUGGCCUUAAUGUUCCUGUUGUGGCAACACAUCGUGUGCAUUCGAUUGCGGUAGCGGAGCGUCUUGUGCGGGAGGGCGUGUGCGAUAUUGUUGGUCUGGCGCGGCCACUGUUGUCAGAUCCACAAAUGAUUCGAAAGGCAGAAGAGGGGCAUGAGGACGCCAUUAUUCCAUGUAUCGCAUGCAAUCACUGUGUGAACCGUCUAUACAAACAUCAGCGCAUCACAUGUGCUCUUAAUCCCACUAGUGGAUACGAACGUGAGCGGCAAUGGGCAGCAACGCGGUACAAGAAGAAUGUGGCCGUUAUUGGUGCGGGCGCAGCGGGUGUCACAUGUGCAUUAACACUCUGGCGUCGUGGACACGAUGUGACACUCUUUGAAAAAUCCAACUUUAUCGGUGGGCAGUUGAAUCUUGCGAAGGUGGUGCCUGGGAAGGAGUCUUACCAGGAGGUGCUGGAAUAUUGGACGCGGCAGUUACGCCAGUCUUCCAUCAACGUUCGUCUCGGUGUGGAGUUUGUGCGGGAAGAUAUGUCUCGUAAUCACCAGUUUUUUCACGCGCUAGUCUUGUGCUGUGGGAGCGUGCCUCGCCCGGCCACAUCGCAUCAAAUUCCUGGAACUUCCGAGUGUCCCAUGGUGGUGCCGUUUGAGAAGAUUCUCAAUGGCAGUGUGAAGGCCGGGCGCCGGGUUGUGAUCAUUGGGAAUGGUGCCAUUUCCCACGACGUGGCAUCGUACUUGCUGCACGACCCGCGUGUUUCUCGAUCUGUGGAGGCGUAUUGCGAUGAAUGGGGCGUUAACCUCGAAGAUGGCACUCUGGACCCACACGCGGCGGAACGUGCCCCUCGCAACAACCGCGACGUUGUCCUGUUCAACAAGGCAGACAAGGAUGCCGACCUCUCGCGCGGUAAAGGGUGGACGCAAAAAUUGUGGAUUCGCAACCACGGCGGAACGAUCAUAAAACAUGGACUGAUUGAAAACAUCGACAGGAAUGGUGUGCACAUUUCUAUGGUGGCUCCUGAUUCUCGAAAGUACUUCGUGGAGUGCGAUACCAUUGUGUGGGCGUAUGGAAUGCUCCCCAAUAUUUCCGUUGGCACGUGGAUAUAUGAAUGGAUGAAAGAUGGCGCAAAGGAGCGUGGAGAAAUGAUCAGUGACUUCAGCAUUUACACAGCGGGAUCAUGCCGCGAUAGUUACACUGGCGAAGGCCACGGUGAGCAGGAUCUUCUGCGGGCGGUACAUGAGGGAUACGAGAUUGGGUACAAGAUCUGA